UCUUCCUCCGCCUCGCGCGGUAAUGGGAGGUUCCUAGGCAGGAGAAGCAAAAGAAGGAAUUGUUUGCGAGUUCAGUCAUCCAAAAAAGCUUCUUCCAUAUGGAGGGACCGGGUGCGCUGGGCGCGGCGUCCGCUGCCUCGUCCUCCUGCCGGCGCCGCCGCAGCGGCCCCAGCUUCCUGCCGCCGGGUCCCUGAGAGCGGCCCGCCGGUGUCAGCCGCCGCGCGCGCACACGCACACCCUCGCACAGACACACACGCUCACGCCCGCCGCAGCCGCACGCGCCCGCACGCGCCCUCUCUCCUGGCCGGCACCUUCUGGGUCCGGGGUCCUUUGUUGCUCCCGCUGCGGCCGUCUUCCGUUUCGGGUGUUCCUGGGUGUCACUGUGCGGGUUGUGCGUCGAGGCGGCGUGGGGCUGUGUGGCUCCCUCCGCGCCCACCACGCUGGCCCCCGGCUCUCCCUUCCCCGGAGCCGGCUGCACCAGAGUCCCAGCACAAGCUUCCUGGAACCCAUGACCCAUGAAGUCUUGUCAACACUCACACCGUCCGAAGGAGCAGCAAUGAAGUAGAAGCAGCAGGAAAUGUCCCCUUGUCCUCGCCCAGAGCGAUGGAGGAGUCUAAUGUUGAAGACACAAGACAAAGGGAGGGAUUAAAAAUCAAAGGGAAAGAAUUCUUUCUUGGAAAACAUUCUGAACAUCAGGCUGGUCCUCGAUCUAGUUUGGAGGGGACCCUGCUGGCCAGAGUGAAUGUGGCCCUCUUGUCUGUCAGCAGCCAAGUGAAAAGCCAAAGGGACGAUGGAGUUUGGAGAAGUGUGUUGCAGGAGACGGCAGAAUCUCUUUGAGUGACCCUGGUGGCUUAUGGGACAUUGGCUUCGGACCCUUUGUAACACACCUUGCCGCGUGGGAUGAUGAUGCCUCGGAGAGGAAAGAGGCCCAAGGUUGCACUCGCCUGCCUCCUCUUAGCCACGGCAGGCUGCUUGGCCGACCUGGACAAGGUCCCUCAGGUGACCGUCCAGCCUCCUUCCACUGUCCAGAAGCUCGGAGGAACUGUGAUCCUGGGCUGUGUGGUGGAGCCCCCGUGGAUGAACACCACCUGGCGCCUGAACGGGAAGGAACUCAAUGGUUCGGACGAUGCUCUGGGUGUCCUCAUCUCUCGCGGGACCCUCGUCAUCACCGCCCUCAACAACCGCACCGUGGGACGGUACCAGUGUGUGGCCCGGAUGCCUGCGGGGGCCGUGGCCAGCGUGCCAGCCACUGUGACACUAGCCAAUCUCCAGGACUUCAAGUUAGAUGUGCAGCACGUAAUUGAAGUAGAUGAAGGGAACACGGCGGUCAUUGCUUGCCACCUUCCUGAGAGCCACCCGAAAGCCCAGGUCCGAUACAGUGUCAAACAAGAGUGGUUGGAGGCAUCCAGAGAUAACUACCUGAUCAUGCCAUCUGGGAACCUCCAGAUAGUGAACGCCAGCCAGGAGGACGAGGGGACAUACAAGUGCGCUGCCUACAACCCAGUCACCCAAGAAGUGAAAACCUCAGGUUCCAGCGACAGACUGCGCGUGCGCCGCUCCACUGCCGAGGCGGCACGCAUCAUCUACCCCCCAGAGGCUCAGACCAUCAUCGUCACCAAAGGCCAGAGUCUUAUCCUGGAGUGCGUGGCCAGUGGCAUUCCACCCCCACGGGUUACCUGGGCCAAGGAUGGGUCCAGUGUUGCGGGCUAUAACAAGACACGCUUCCUGCUGAGCAACCUCCUUAUUGACGCCACUAGCGAGGAAGACUCCGGGACCUACCGCUGCAUGGCGGACAAUGGGGUAGGGGAGCCUGGGGCAGCGGUCAUCCUCUACAACGUCCAGGUGUUUGAACCCCCCGAGGUCACUAUGGAGCUGUCCCAGCUGGUCAUCCCAUGGGGCCAGAGUGCCAAGCUCACCUGUGAGGUGCGCGGCAACCCCCCGCCCUCAGUGCUGUGGUUGAGGAAUGCUGUGCCCCUCACCUCCAGCCAGCGCCUCCGACUGUCGCGCAGGGCCCUGCGUGUGGUCAGCGUGGGGCCUGAGGACGAAGGUGUCUACCAGUGCAUGGCCGAGAAUGAAGUUGGGAGUGCCCAUGCCGUGGUCCAGCUGAGGACCGCCAGGCCAGGCACAACCCUGAGGCCGUGGCAGGAUGCUAACCUGGACAGCACCACACCUCCCCUGCCACCCUCAAGACCCAGAAGCCCGGACCAGGUGCUGAGGGAGCCCCCGGGUGUCCCGAGGCCUCCAACGUCAGUGCAGCCAGCUUCCCUGCGCUGCCCUGGAGAGAAGGGGCAGGUGGCUCCUGCCGAGGCACCCAUCAUCCUCAGCUCACCCCGGACUUCCAGGACCGACUCCUACGAGCUCGUGUGGCGGCCUCGGCACGAGGGUGGCAGCCGGGCACCGAUCCUCUCCUAUGUGGUGAAAUACCGCAAGCAGGUCACAAAUUCCUCUGAUGAUUGGACCAUCUCUGACGUUCCAGCCAACCAGCACCGCCUGACCCUCACCAGACUUGACCCCGGGAGCUUAUAUGAAGUGGAGAUGGCAGCUUACAACUGCGCAGGAGAAGGCCAGACAGCCAUGGUCACCUUCCGAACUGGACGACGGCCCAAACCUGAAAUCUUGGCCAGCAAGGAGCAGCAGAUCCAGAGAGAUGACCCUGGGGCCAGCCUGCAAAGCAGCAGCCAGCCAGACCACGGCCGCCUCUCCCCCCCUGAAGCUCCAGACAGGCCCACUAUCUCCAUGGCCUCUGAGACGUCAGUGUAUGUGACCUGGAUUCCCCGUGGGAAUGGGGGCUUCCCGAUCCAGUCCUUCCGUGUGGAGUACAAGAGGCUGAAGAAAGUAGGGGACUGGAUUCUAGCCACCAGCGCCAUCCCUCCCUCCCGGCUCUCAGUGGAGAUCACAGGCCUAGAGAAAGGUACCUCCUACAAGUUCCGAGUCCGGGCCCUGAACAUGCUGGGGGAGAGCGAGCCCAGCGCCCCCUCCCAGCCAUACGUGGUGUCAGGCUACAGCGGCCGCCUAUACGAGAGGCCCGUGGCAGGCCCUUACAUCACCUUCACCGAUGCGGUCAAUGAGACCACCAUCAUGCUCAAGUGGAUGUAUAUCCCGGCAAGUAACAACAACACCCCAAUCCAUGGCUUUUAUAUCUAUUAUCGACCCACAGACAGUGACAAUGAUAGUGACUACAAGAAGGAUAUGGUGGAAGGGGAUAGAUAUUGGCACUCGAUCAGCCACCUGCAGCCAGAGACCUCCUACGACAUUAAGAUGCAGUGCUUUAAUGAAGGAGGCGAGAGCGAGUUCAGCAACGUGAUGAUCUGUGAAACCAAAGCUCGGAAGUCUGGUCAGCCUGGUGGCCUCCCACCCCCAACUCUGGCUCCGCCUCAGCUGCCACCUCCUGAAACCAUAGAGCGGCCCGUGGGCACAGGGGCCAUGGUGGCACGCUCCAGUGACCUGCCCUACCUGAUUGUGGGGGUCGUCCUGGGCUCUAUCGUCCUCAUCAUCGUUGCCUUCAUCCCCUUCUGUUUGUGGAGGGCCUGGUCUAAGCAGAAGCAUACAACAGACCUGGGUUAUCCGCGAAGUGCCCUUCUCUCCUCUUCCUGCCAAUACACUAUGGUACCACUGGGAGGACCUCCAGGCCACCAAGCCAAUGGGCAGCCCUACCUCAGUGGCACCAAUGGACAGGCCUGUGCCAAUGGGGUGCAUGUGAACAGGGGCUUCCCCGCGGCUGCCACGGGGUACCCAGGCAUGAAACCUCCACAGCCCUGCCCUGCGGAGCGUCAGCAGCAGGAUGACAGCAGUGGCCUCCUGAGGCAGACCGUUCUUGGCAAUGGAUACGAUGUCCACAGUCACCGGAUUCCUAGGGGAACCAAAGCUAAGCCGGAUGAGGUCUCUUUCUUAUACACACUGCCUGAUGACUCGGCUCACCAGCUGCUCCAGGCCCACCAGGACUGCCACCACCUGGAGGAGCAGCCCGCUUCAGCCAGCCAGUCAGGAAGGAGGAGUGGACCCCAGAGUCCUGGGCUGGAAGCAGCGUGGGACCCUCUUUUUCACCCAGGGCCGCCAUGCUGCUUGGGCCUCGUACCAGUUGAAGAGGUGGACGGUCCUGAAUCCUGCCAAAUGGGUGGAGGAGAGUGGUGUCCCCAGCACCCCGCAGGGACCCACGGGGGACAGGAGCUUGGGAGACAGCUCUCCCCCAGCCCACCAGUGCACGUGUCGUUUGAAACACCACCCCCCACAAUUUAGGCAGAAGCCAAUAUUCCAGAAAGACUAUUGUUUUUUUAAAAGAGACAGAGGAAAUUGGUAUUUAUUUUUCUAUAAUAGCCAUAUUUAUAUAUUUAUGCACUUGUAAAUAAAUGUAUAUGUUUUUAUAAUUCUGGAAAGACGUAGGGAAUCCUACCCAUGGAAGUAUGAGAGGUAAAACAAGGAAGCCACGACAUAACAGGAAUGAACCAGGCACGAGGAACGCAGACUGGCCAGACCCAGACUGAGGAGGUGGCAAGAGGCUGCACAAGGGGAGACUCGCAGGCACACUGUUCAUGACGACCACGGGGUAAAGCAAAGGCCACAGCCUGGUGUCACAGGCAGGAGACACCUGUGAAGAUGGCCAGAUCUGGUGCUGCGGGCAACGAUUUCAGAAGAUGCCCAUGAGAAUAGACUCAGAUGUGUACAGUACUAUAAGCAUUAACAGACCUUCCAGAAUCAAUAAUCUGUGGCAACAUAGCUCUGUAGAAACAAACACUGUAACUUCUAAAUAAAUGUUUAGUCUUCCCUGUAACUUUCAGCUUAGUCAUGUAUGAGUCAGCGUUCUCCUUAGAUCUUAGGAUUCAGUCUUGGAGAAUCUGAGGAAAAUGCUCACUUGUAACAUUUUCAGCUCAAGAGUUGAGAUCUGGAAAAAGCAGCAGAUGUUUCUCAUUUUGUCCUUGUAAGUUGUGCUUUUAUUAAUGUGGAAUACAUUAAUAACUGUUUAGUCCAAGAGGGAGACAGUGUAUGGUAGGCAAGGAGAAUCAGAUUCAUAGUUCUCGUACUGACCAGACUUAAGGUAAAACUUCGUAUGAAAGGAACGAAACUAAUCAUUUCUUUAUAGGGGACUGUGUGU